AUGGAAAUAUUCUUGUAUGAAAAGAGUGAUUUUAAUCAAGAAGCAAAUCAAGUUAGAAAGGAUGCCAAAAACAUUUAUAAUCGUCUGAGAUCUAUUGUUGAUGAUGCUUCAUUUGUCAUGACUAUUUCUGACCUCUUUCCUCGUCUUGCUCUUGUUGCAAAUGAGCGUUGUGGAUCAUGGUAUAUCGAUCGACGAAAAAAACAAGCUUAUUCAGCCUAUUUCAAAUCUACAGACGGACACAUGCAUAUCUGGGACUUUAAUAUCAGAAGAAACAAUCUUCACUUGAUUCCGAUCAUAGCACAACAUCACGGCUGUAUCCUCGUUGAUUCAACACGGAAAGGCAAACGAAUCCCUGACGCGCUUUCAAAGACAAUACCGAUUUGGUGUUGUACCAUCAACCGAGCUGUACAGCGAAUCAAGGGCUAUCACUGGGAUACUGACUUCCACUCGUUACCGUCGGCUGUAUCCAGAUCAGAGCAUGCGCAGAUUGAAGCCAAAAUGGAAUCACUGGUGGACAAGUUGAUGAGUUCAGGAAUAGAUGUUUACGCGAUCGCUGAUCAACUCAAAAAGCCAUUAAGGCCAAUCUGGUUUACACCUCAAUCUUGUGAUACGAUCGUGCCAGACUUUGAUGAUUGCUCAUUUUGGCCCGUGGUGUGUUUGAGCGCAUCAGAGGCUGUCGAGAAUGGCUAUCAAGCAAGACCUGGGUAUCUUUACGUUCAAGGAUCAGGUGAUGAUCAAGAAGCUUGGUGUCUGGGCCUGACUCCUUCUUUGUUCUGGGAGAAUCAUCAGCUCAUACUGGAAAGCAAGGGAGAAUGUGAACGUAGAGUAAUAGAGAUUGUGAAGGAUAGUUUAGAAAAGAUGAAUUCGCAGACAACAGGUUCCUUUGCGUUUAUUAAGCCUACAACUAUAGCCAUAAGUGACUUGGCAAGUGCACAAUCCAAUUGGCAACAAUUUGAUGUCAUUAUCAAUUGCUCUGAGAAAAAUCUUGAACUGAACUCUGAUACCUAUUUACAUCUGCCUAUUCCUGAAGGCAAAAGGGGUCAACAGGCAUUUCUUUUGGCCAUACCAAAGGCUAUCCGUUUUGUAGAGAAACCAUUAUUAGAAAAGCAAAAUAUCCUCAUCUGUUGUGAUUCAGGAAAAGAUAGUUCAGUAGGUAUAGCAUUAUCCAUUCUAGUGAAUUAUUUUGACCUUGAUGGUCAAUUACAAAAAGAAGCCAAGCCUCGAGUGGACAAAAAAGUGAUUCAGCAUCAAUUGGUUCGCAUUAUCUCAAGUUGGGAAAAGGCUUCACCCUCCCGAACGACCUUGAAAAAGGUAAACGUAUACUUUAUGAGUCACUCAAAUACUACAGACUAG